AUGCCGCGCUUCCACUUUUUUUUUUCAGAAAAGAAGCCAGGUGUAACAGAUUUCCGUCUACUUGAUAGACGACAAGCGGAAAAACACAUUAUCUUUACUUGGGAGAUGGUAAUAUUUCAUUUCCUGAAUAAACAUUAACGUGUGAAGUAACAUUAUAUUGACCAGUGUGUUAUGAGUAGCAAAAAACGAUUACAUACCAUUCUCAACACUGUAUAUUUGAUAGAAGAACAUGUGUAUCUUGCCAGAGGACUUGAAGAGCUUUUUCCUCACAACAAAUGGACUGUUAAUUCAGUGGAGCAUCAAGUUUGAUGGUAAUUAUUGACAAUGCAUAUUUGAAAAAAUAAUGCGAGUAUUGGUAAAUGUUUCCUGGUGCCUUCACAGGCUGCAGGAAGCAGGAAACUUUGGUCAUAAAGAGUUUUGGGUCACUUGGCUUGUAAGACUUCUUAGAAUCAUCACUGAACAUUUUGACGGUUUGAUUUGUUGUUUCAUAUCUAUUUUCUCCAUUUAAUCAGGGAGUGUUUUACCACUGGGAAAAAUGGAGCUGAAUCCUGUUACAGGUCUAGUGUUGCUGUCUAAAGCAACAUCUAUUAGUGACGACAAACCCUCAUUGGCUGAUUUAGAUACUGAUUCAGAUGAAGAAGAUGGCCAAGGUAUUGACCAAACAUGGGGACAGAUCCAGAAAUUUGACAGAGGGAGGGGGAGAGGGGAAGCAUCCUUUGAUUUAAAAAAAAAAAAAAAAAAAAACUAUUUUUCUUUAAGUUGGACCCUAACAUAUAUAAGCAAAGGAAUGAUUCAAGCCAAGUGAAUAUAUUUGUUAAGAAGUAAUAUGUGAUCCCACAUUUCAAGAAGCUUUCUUUAAAAAAUUUGUCAGAUCUGAUGGAGACGGAUCUGAACCCCACUCAUCCUACCCUCCUGGAUCUACCACUGAAACAGGACCUUGAAUACCAUGAUUUUGUCAAUAAUAAAGAUCUGUCCCAGCUAAAACUGAGAAGUGCUAGUGAUCAUCAGAUGAUGUUCUUUCCUUUGUUUUCAAUUCCUCACCAGGUCAUAUAAAACCACACUUUGAUAAUCGCUGCAAGGUUUUUGAGCUGGAUGCAUGUGACAGCUAUGGUAAAGUCUGUUUGGUUUACAAAGACAUCAAAGCUGGUGGGUGAAGUUGGACAGUUCAAAUAAAAUCGUAGAUUUUUCCAAACUGCCAAAUGGUUGACAUAGAUGUUGUGGUUCAAUUUUAUCCUUGGUCCAAAUUUUGUUUUCUUUUGUUUUUGUGUAUUGUAAUGUAUGAUAACAAGUUUGAAACAAUGGAAAUAAAAUUUGAACCAAGGAUAAAAUUGAACCACAACAUAGACAUUCUUUUAUAUCAACUAAGUUCUCGACAUUGGAAUAUCCUUCAUUUUUUCUGUCUCUUCUCUGCAAGUUUGCUAGUUAUCAAAAUUAGCAGAUUUUUGGCAUGUGCUCAAAAUAGAGAAAAAAAACUUGUCAAUGCUCAUCAGUGUCCUCUUUUCUCAGGAGUAACAACAGGACAACCUGAGAUCUGGUUUCUUGAUCGUUCACUGGAAUGGUGGUAUCUUGCUUUAUCUUUCACUGAUUAUUUCAGAAUGAUGAUAGUCCAUCUUGGCCUUCCUCUCUGGCAAUAUCUUUUUACUGCAACAGGUCUAAGUCCAGAAACAAAGGUAGGCGUAACUCAAUUUGUGAUUUUGCAACAAGUUAAUCAGUAACUUAUUAUUGACUUAAGAUUAAUGCGCUGGAUUGGAAGGUCCUGAUUUGAGCCCAUGGACUGAGUGGUAAAUAUGAUGUGUCGUUGGGAAAGGCUGUUGACACCAGAAGUUCUAAUUCUCUCAACUUUGAAGUUUAUGAUAAAUGUGUACUAGAAACAGUUCAGAAAAAUUUUGGAAGAGCACAUAGGUUACUUCCAUUAGACCAGCAUUCACUCAAGGAAGAGCAACUUGCAAUGAAGUUUUGAGAGCAGACUUUCUCUUUUGGUGUUCAUGGUUUUUGCAGUUAAAAGGUUCCUUAUUUAUUUCUGAGGGUUGGUAUCUCUGCAGAAACUUGGUGGAAACUAAUAGGAAAUCAUUUCCUCUAUUUACAGCAAUGGUUCAAUCUCUAUGCACCUACUAGAUUAGCCAUGGACAUGGCCAAUGUGGAACAAAAGGUCCAACAGAUGCCAAAUUCAAAAGAAAGAAAUAAGUCUGCUACAAAUCCUCCUUUUCAAAUUAACUCAUUAGAUGUAAACAGACUCUUUAGAGGUAAAACCGACAAAGGAAAGAGUAAGUUAUCCCAGGCAAAGAAACCACCUCUGGGAAAGACUCAAAACUCAAGUCAGGGUUGACAGGGGCAGUCUGGUAGAUCAGCACCAAGAUGAAAACAACAUGUUUUAAAUUUCUCCAUGUUGUGAGAUGUGGUUACCAUAACUGUUUUAUAAGACUAAGGUACAGGUCUUUAUCUUAAAGUGAACUUUGAUGUGUGUUUCAUGAACAGUAAAGCCACAACUUUUGUCUGAAAAGCACCAAAGGGAUAAAUUACUAGUAAUUAACUUACUGGAAGUCAAGGUUACCUUUUGCUUUUGAAAAUAGCAAAAAUGGAAAUGCAAUUAUUUUGUAAAUGAUAUUGUAAAUCACCACCUUCCCCAAUCUCAAAUUUGCAAUGGGGAUGGAAAAGCAAAACAGUUUUGAACAGGGUUCUAUCAACAUAAUAAUAUUACAAAGAAAUGAUGAUGUGUUGACAGUGCUGUCCCUGAUCAAAUCCCUUCCAGCUUCCAUUUCUUAAGGGGACGUAAACUGCAGCCUCCCCUCUUAAUUGGAGCAAAUGAGUACUUUACCCUUUAACUCCUAGAAGUGAUGGACAUGUAACUUCUCCUAGUAAAAUCCACCCAUUAUCCAUGAAACAGGUACUAAGAAUACUUACACUCAUCGGGUGAAAGUUUUUAUCCUGAUCUAACACCAAAUUCUUGUAACUUAUUAACAAGGAAAUGUUUAGC